AUCCUAGUUUCCGUACCAACUUGCUCCAUAGGUUUCCGAGGCUUGUAAGUAUUUUACAAACUUUAACAUCCUCUUGCUUUUUUAAAAAAUUUCUUUCUUGAAUUAAAAGAAUGAGGGAAUUUAUACUGUUUAGCUUCAAUUAUUUUUUUUUAGUUGCCUUUUAAGACUGUUAUAAAUGUAAGAGACAUACUUCAAGUAUAUCUGACCACCUACCUGGUGUCUCUUUCACCAUUUCUCCUGUAGGAGAGGCAUUAGAUAUUAUGGAAAAUUGGUGCUAGUCAGUGAAAAUUUGUCACUGUUUAUUAACAAACUCACAAAGCAAAGGAGGAAAAAAAGACAUUUCUGUGAGACUAGUGAACAUAGCAAAGAGAGAGAGAGAAAAGACUGGGAGAAAAAUUAUUUACCAACCUGAUGUAUACUCUUGAAAGAACCAUAAAUAUAUGUAUGGGACUGAAAACGGCAGUCAAGUGGAAUCCUACUGAAAAUGGUGUUAUGGAGACAGAGUAGCUGAUAGCAAUGUACUAUGAAAGUAUUAUCUGGUUAUUAAGCCAACUAAACAAUUGCAUUCAUGAAUUUGCUGUUCAAAUAACACUUUCUGCAAAAUGAAAUCCAAAAGGAAGGAGGAAAAGGACAUGUAGGGGAGGAACUUGUGAAGGACUGUGAUUUUAAGACCUGCAAAAUUACCUCUGUAAAAGCCAAAAAUUCUCCUAACUGUGUAUGUACAUAAUAUUUAUGAUUUCUUCUAUAUACAGCAGAUAUAUAUGUGCUGCUUUCCUUUAAAACAGUGUGAUAUUGCAGGAGAAAUUCCUGAUUAUCAUUACUUCAUUAUGUUUUGCUGUACUUUCCAGAUAGACAAUAGCACAAAAGUUCCUUUGCCCAUUAUAAAUGUGUUCAUUCCUACUUACAGUUACUAAUUUAUUUGAAAUGUGCUAGCCAAAUGGAAAGGUACUACUUAGUUAUUUUCUCUUGGAAUGAUAUAUAUAAACAUAGAUCGACUUAGUAUAAACAAACAGAGGUAUAGAAUUACUUCCUUUGGAGUCUAUUGGACUGUUCCGAACUCCAAGAAUAUAAGCAACUUUAUAGCCUAUCAUAAUUACUUUAGCUUUGCGGAUUCAAACAAUAAGGAUCACCUUCGCCAAAUCCUCAGAGUGUAACAUUAUCUAUCUCACUGCCUUUAAAAGUGUUUGAACUCCCUGGGGAAAAAGAAAAUUAUUGACAAUUCCACUCUAAGGUGUCCCAGACUUUGACUGAAAAUAGAAAAGGAUUGCAGAGAACAGAGACACGGGCUGAUGUGGAGUUAUUGGGUAGUAUAAAUAAUAUGCUAGAUUUUUUUCUGACGGAUUAGAUGUCCCAUCUCACUUCAGCUUGCUGUUACGCGCCUUUGCAUGAACAUUUUCAAGGCUGUGGCCAGUAAUAUAUUUAAUACAGACUUUCUACUGUCAGGUGCACAGUUCUCACAAAUACCUUUCUCUGUGUUCAUCUCAGAAUGUUCAGCUUUAUGCAGCCAGCACAGGAAGGAGCAGAAAUAUGUGGGAACUGUUCCUCCGUGUUCUGUCAAAAAUGGUGUAAAAUAGAUCAUUUCCACAGGGAGAGGCUAGCACAAGGUAUGACUUUCAGGAAUAAGGAAAGGCUCAAUAAAAGACAGCAGCCCAACCUCAACUGUUGGAAUAAAUUUGUUAGUCUGUGCAUAAGUACAUUUUUUAUCCCUAUUGUUUUUCUACACGACAAGGUCUUGUUGCUUGUAACUGGUACAUGGUAACUGUUUUUGGGUUGCUGUCUUAAUAAAAACAAAUUUUAUCUAUGAGAUCUUUUAGGACAAAUUGGAAUUAUUUCUAGGAGCUGUUAAAUUCUGAGUCUCCUAAUCUUGAUGAGGCAAAUCUGGCUAUUUUUUCUAUUACAAUUUUAUGAUGUUAUUACCCAUAAAGGUACACGCAUUAACAAAAUUGUUCAAUAUCACUGUCAUAGACAGAUCAUUACUAGUGAUGAUCUUUUCUGCACAGGCCAUCAUGACACGGUAAAACAUACUGUGCCUGAAAAUGGAAAUCCAAGCUGUUAUCACAAGUCUAUAAAUACUUCUUGGCUCUCAAUGUGAAGUUGUAGUGAGUUGUAUACAACUGAGGUAGCAGGCAAAAAUGUCACUGCUUGGGAUGGCAAGCUGCCUUCUGUGUUUUUCAGUCCCUAGCCUGCCUUUUAAAUUACAGACGUGCCUUUCCCUGAGUUUCUGAAGUUUGAAAAUUGCUCAGAAAUGGAGAGGACAAGUCCCUACCAUCUGUUAUUUGUUAUCUGCUAUUUAUUACUCUGAGAAAUGUAUAUGAAGCACUUAUUUAUAUAUAACUUAUAUUUUAUAAGUACUUCCAAAAUUUUAAUUUUUUAUUUUCACACACCCCAUAUUUCCAGUUUCCAUUCUACAGAUUUUGCUAAGACAGCAGAUGACUCUGGGAAUAAAUGCUGACAUAUUUUCAAAGUUGGCACACUUCUCUCUGCAAGGACCAAACUUGAGUACAAAGCACUGCUAGCGGAUCAUGGGAAAAUUUGCUCAAAGGUCCCCUUUAAGCAGGAGUUCAAAGAAAUGAAAUUAUAUAGCAAGUCCGCAGUACCUCAACACACAGAUUAUUCUUUCAUAGAGAAAGGGGCCUCCAAUUAUAUGUAACUGAUCCCAGAACAAACUUACUCUUUCACCAUUUCCUUGCUGAACAAUGAACCUUAGUUGCUGAUUUCAAAGGUUCCUGAGUAGUGAAGGACCUUCUGCUCUUCUUCAGCCAGUGCUGUUAGGAAAGCUGGUGCUAUGGUCCCAUGCUCAGAAUGAAUCUGAAUGAAGAAACAUUGCAAAAAGAUAUAAUUUUCAUCAAAGCUGUCUGUACUAUCUCAGUGUAAGCAUAGAUCUCACAUAGACAGGAUCACCUUUUAGAUAAUAUUCUAUAAUUCUCUGUGAGAGGUCUGGGCUGGGACUUCACUUUAGCUCCAUCAGGAUUCAUGGGUAAAAUAAGGCUAGUUCUUCAAGAAAAUGAUUCCUCUUCUUCUUCUUCUUCUUCUUCUUCUCUCUUUUUUUUUUUUUUUUUGUGUGUGUGUGUGUUUGUGUGUGUGUGUGAAAACAAAAACAAAACAAAACAAAAAAACAAGGGAAGAGCAGAAGUAUUUGCAAGCAAUUUAUUUGCCAGCAGGAGGUUUAGCAUAUAAUUAAACUGUUGUCCUUGCUGGUAGGUUAUUACCAGCAGGUAACAAACCAUCUUACGGUAUUUCGUGCUAUAACAGAUGAGAUAGAUCUUUAAUGGUAGCAAAGGGUGAUCAUUUAGAAAUUGUUGUGACUAUAGCUGCUAUAAAUUGCGAUCUAUAGUUUAAUAGUUCAACAAUUAACUCUACUACCGACACUCAGAAGCCCUUUUAUAAAAUCCUCUGAUUAUCCUCCCUGUCCCUCUGUGGAACUGUUUUUGAAAACCUGCUUUAUAAAAAUACCUUUAGACUAUAAGGUUAGACUCUAUGACAGAUAAAAGUCUUAUAUCAAAGUUGCUAGACCAAUACAGCCAUGACUAGAAUUUGUUGUAUGUUUGGAGUGCCUUUUUAAAUAUAAGAAAAAGGCCCUUUCAUAAAUAAAAAUUCAAAUGAAACAAAUAUACUGAAUGCAAAUUGUUUUUGAGUAGAGAGAGCGCCAUACGGUGAAGAACUAGCCAACAAUGUCAAUUACUGCACCUUUCUCUGGCUGUAAUACUUGCCAGAAGGCUGUGAGCAUGAAGUGCUUGGUAAUUUUCUUCCCUACAGUUGAAAAAACAGCUCAGGAUGGUGUGGAGAAGUUUGUUGUCUAUGCCGAGUCAACGAUUUGAGCUCAUUGGUAAUGUCAGAUUCUUGUCUCCCACAAAAACCAUAUGUGCAGAUAAAAAAUAUGACAAUGCUGUUUUUGACGUAAUGAUCUUGCAAACAAAUGAUAUUGUAGAAGAUUCAUUUUGUGUACAGAAAUAACAACACUGACAAAAUUUCACUCCACAUAUCCUAAAUGUCAUAUAACUGUUAAUAUGCUGUUAACUACUAUUAGCAUAUUAUCAAUUUUGUACUCAACAUGAUGGAAAAUUGGGCACAACCUCAGCUGCCUUUCUUGAUGCCACGCUGGCUAGUUAAGAAUUACAGCACCUACACCAGUAGUGCUUGCUAGUACCUCUAGCAAGUGACAAAGUGUCGUUGUCUUCCUAGAAGGGCAAAUAAGAACAGGAUUAGGGGAAGGUAUUGCAGGAACAUGGAAAUCUAUGCUCCUGACAUCUGAAAGCUGCAGCUGGUUACUGCGAUCAAACUCCUUGCAAGAGAAAUAGGUAUCUGCAUCUCUCACAUGGCACAUGCAGGACAGACAAGUUAUCAGAAGUAGACAGUCUUUGAAAGACAGGUCCUGCCUGAUUGAACUUAUCUCCUAUGACAAGAUGACUUGCUUAGUAGAUAAGGCAAAGGCUAUGGAUGUUUUUUAUCUCAAGCAGCGUGCCAAGUGGCCGAGAAAGCCAAUGACUCCUGACCUGCAUCAGAAAUACAGUGGCUAGCAUGACUGGGAAAAUGAUUUUUCCCUUGUACAUGCAAAUAGUAAGACCUUACAUUGCAUUCAGUCUUGGGCCCCUCACUGCAAGAAGGACAUUGAAUUCCUUGAGGGUGUACAAAGAAGAGCAACAAAGCUGGUGAAGGGACUAGAAAACAAAACUUACUAGGAAUGGCUGAGGGAACUGAGGUUGUUUGGUCUAGAGAAGAGACUGAGAGGAGAUCUCACUGGUCUCCACAAGGAGAGCUGCAUCAAGGAGGGUGCCAGUCUCUUUUCUCAGGUGCUGAGUGAGACUACAUAAAGAAAUGGUCUCAAGUUGUGCUUGUAGAGAUUUAGAUUGAACAUUAAGAAUUUCUUUACAGAGAAGGUGCACAAGCACUGAAAUGGGCUUCCCAGUGAAUGGUGGAGUCUCCUAUCCCUGGAAGUGUUUAAGUGUGGACAUGGCACUAACAGACAUGGUUUAGUGGUGGUCAGGCUGAUGAUUGGACUUGAUCUUGAAGGUCUUUUCUAACCUAGAUGACUAAGUGAUUCUAUGAAUGAUGUAUUCCCAGCUUGAAUGUUAUAUUAGAUUGACUAAAUUUUAAAACAACAGGCACCUGCAUACCUGUUUAAACUGGGUGCGUGUAACAUGCUUCUAAGAAUGUGGGGAUGGGAGUCGUAAUAAUCUCCUGCAGGCUCAUCUACUGUAGCCUGUGGUGGAAAACAGAAAGUAUGGUCUGUUUCCUUGCCUAAUGUAGUUUGGUAAGGUUGUAGAUGCUAGGUAGAGUUUUAAUUUAUGCUGAUUCUUGGAAGAGUCAUUGGAUCAAAUAGCGUUUCACAUUCCUGGAGCAGAAUAAAUUCUGAUAUAACAGUUAAAAUAAUUGGCUGUACUUUGGGCUGCUAUGUGCAGCACAGAUUACCAAUAUACAGCAGAGGGGAUGAGAUAGAAAUUGGCACUGAGUGUCCACCGGGGGUUGCACCGGUCCCUCUUUUCAAGUCAGGCUGGGGAUUCUGGAAGUUGACUUGAUGUUGUGAUGGCCAACACCAGACAAUGGUGAUGGCAAAAGCCAAAGGAAUUGGUCUUUACAUGUUGCCCGACUGCUUACAUCUUUCUUCCAUUAAUUUUAUUUAAUUUUACAUCAUUUUUUGUUUAAUUGUAAAGAAGUCUACAGCCUAAGUAUCCUUUCUAUUUUAUAAUAUAGUAAUUAGUUACAUGGGCACAAGAAGUAAGACUGUACUCUGACUAAUAUAUAUACAGUAGAAAAAUUAGAUAUUCUUCUUUUGCACAUCCUCAUAUCUGAUUUGCUGCACCUUCCUUGCAAUGUGUUGUAAAUGUAGAAUAAUUAAUUUUAUCUUUUUUUUUUUUUUUGCCUUCCAUUUAUAGCACUCAGCAGUACAAUAACAAAUUGCUUCUUGAACAUGAAUCAGUUCAUUUUCUCAAAAGCCCUCAAGGAUAAUGAAAUGGGAAUUUUAUUUUAUAAGUGAAAAAAAAAAUCUGAAGAAUCUAGUGAUUUGGGGUCUGGUAUGUGAUACCUGGAGAUGAAUUUUUUUAAGAGACUGUUAAGCAUUCUCGAGGAUUGUCUCUGUCUGUAUAUAGCUCCCAAUCUGUUCUGUUGCUGCUGUGAUAACUCAAUUAUUUUUUGAAUUAAGAUCUGUAGAGGGCACUUAUUUCUUCAAACUGUAACCACCUUCAUUGGAGAAACCUCCAUCUGAGCUAGCUGACUGUAAGGACUAGAAAUAUAUGUUUGGGGAGCAUGAGGCAAGUCAUCCUAAAGGCAGGCACACAAAGCAACUUAAAACCAAAAUUCCAUGUAGGAGGGAAAUCACAGAAUCAUCAAGGUUGGGAAAGACCUCCAAGAUCAUCUAGUCCAACCAUCCGAACGAUUGAUGCUUGUGAAAAAUCUGGGUUAAGUAACUUGCCCAAAUCAAAUGGAGAUGGUAAGAUGAAGUCAAGGUUGGGAUUGUUGCUCAGAGCUGCUAAACUCAACUGCUCUUGUCAUUGAACUUACAUUUUUCUUUCUGUUAUCUUCUGCUUCCUUUUGUAUACAUCUUCUUUUUUCAAGUGAAGUGGUUGAUACAGUCUCUUUCACAAGAUUGACCUGUUCAGCAAACAGGUUCUGGUCAGACCUGCUUCUGGUCAUUCUGGUCAGAAAUCCUGUGAAAGAAAAAGGAAAUUAUUAUACCAUACUAUCAUUAAAGACUUGGUAACUUUUUAAAGUUAUGAAUUCACAGGAAGGUAAGGAGAGUAGGAUUCAGUUUCUGUUUCUGGAGAAGAAUAUACUUCCGUGAUCAUAAAUCCUCCCACUUCUGUUACAACAAAACUUUCCUCCUUCCUUUCACCUCCUCUCUCUUAUGUAUGCCCUCCAUUCAGCCUGUUACUCAAAUUCCUCUGUUGUUUUGCAAACACCAUCACUGAUUUCUGUUCCCUGGCUUUCACCACAUCAUUCCUGCAGGAAGCCUUUUCCUGCAGGAUACCUUAAGUUCUGCUUGCCUCUGAAGAUCUGAGAUGGAGUUUGUUCACUGUGAAGAGACUGCUGGAGACCAAAUAAUCAUUGCCAAGAAAUCUCUUCUGUAAUUACGUGAACUAACCACUUGUGACUUUGCAAACUUUGUGCAGAUUUUCUAGGCUGCCACAUAGAACAAAUUACUAAAAAGCUUUAGAUUACUAAAUUACUAAAAGAGCUUUAAUUAGAUGGUUAUAAACAUUUUCUUUAGUUCUUUUAGUUCUUUUAUUUGCUCAUUUGUUUUUGGAAAUGACUGAAUUACGUUUGAUAAGACUUUCAGUAUAGGAAAUUUCAGAUCUAACAAUUUCAUCUUGACCAAGAUGAAAGUGACCAAAACAGUUUUCUUGUUUGAAACACAGCCACAGAAGGCCCUAACAAAACUGUAGGCAAUAUCACCUUUACUUGAAUAGAAAUAGGACUGUUUCCCCAGUCUAUACAUUUGAAAUUAUCAGAGUUUAAUUUCCUAAGAAAAUGACAUUUAUCCAAUCACACAUCUGUGCAUGUUUUUAUAUUUUUGCUUCCCUCCUCUAUCACAUUAGUUUUUAAUCCAACACCUAAUUUCAUUGAAGAAUUUAUAUUGGAAGAGGUAUCUAAAGAUCUUUUCUCCCAGCUUCUCAACUAAAGCAGGGACAUUAGUGUAGGUUGCCCCAGAUUUGGCUAAGUUUUGAAUACUUCUAAGGAUGGAACUUCCACAACUUCUCUAAUCAGCCUCCCUUGUUGUAUAACUGCCCUCACUGUGACUUUUUCCCCUCAUAUCACUGUUUUCUCCAUUUCUUUUAUUGUAUAUCCCUCGUAACAGUUUAUAUCUCUCUUCUCUAUAACCUCUCUAUGUAGUGGAAAAAAAACCAAGACCUUCUUUGCCUUCUCUUCUCCAUGUUGCACAAACCGCCCUUAGCCUGUGUGUUCAGUCUCCAAACAAUUUAGUGCCAGACAUUCCAGUUAUGCAGUCUCUCUUGUACAGUGGGGUUAAAACUGUACCUAGCACUUCAGAUAUAGCCUGUAUCAUGUAGAGCACCACUUCAGAAACAUCAUGGAUUUUUUGAUCCCUUCAUCUUGACUUUCCAUCAGAUGCUGGGUAGUUUAAUCCAGUCUGCAAAUGUGAGACUUUUUCCAUUUGUUUAAAGACAGCUUCAUUCAUUUUGAUUAUCAAGCAUCCUUCAGCAGACCCUCACUCUCACAUCCUCAUGCUGAUUCCUCCUUUCAUCAGGACUCACACUCCUUGUACACCAGAGUUUAUUGCACUAGAGCUUUGCACCCUCUGGUCUUCUCUGCUCAUCUUUCCUUGCAAGUCUGUACUGAGCAAUCGCAGCACACUGGUGCUGCGAUGUCCCACCACAUCUUCUUAAUGCUAACAAGGCCAUUGUCCUGUGUUUAUGUGAACUGACAAUUGCUCCCACUUCUUUCACAAGGUGGCACGCAUAACUAUACAGGUACUUCAGGUGGACUCUCAACUGCUCUGUUUAAACAAGUGCAGUUUAAAAGCCUUUCUCAUCACCCUGUUCCAUAAAUUCCCAGCCUGGAAAAGCUUAAAUCAGGCUUAAAUCUAAGAAACCAAGUCCAUUUAUGAGACAAAUUAAAACCAGACAUUGCAACUUCACAGGUCAUCUGUACAAUAUGAAAAACAGUAAAUAAAUUAGUAGCUUUGGAGAUUUAUUUUCUUGCAGAUUACGUUGACUGCUUUCAUCAAAAAUACAAAUAUUAAUAUUCAGAUAAAUGGUACUGUCAAAGUGUCUUCAUAUUUUUCUGCUGUAUGUCUUCAAGGUCUUGCUGUGAAUACAAAAUUCGCUGUUUUAACAAAAGAAGUUGCUUGUUUCUCCAAUCCCAGCACCUGUAAGACUUUAAAGUGAAUGUAGAAAAAAAGUUAUAAAGGAGAAGGAAAAUGUGCUAGUACCGCAAUGUAUUUCCCGAUCCAGAUUCUGUUCUUCUGUUCUGAGUGAUGUUACAGUUAACAAGAUGCUGGGGAUGGCACAGCCAACACAAAACUCUGCCGGAGCACGGAGAAGGCCGGAGAGUCAGAAAACACAUGUGAAAAGUAUUUGUCUCCAGUACCAACUGUAUCUACUUUUGAACAGCCAUUUCUUUUGCCUUUUAAAGAAUAAGACUGGACUAACCAUCUUCUUCCUAUGUCACUGUUUUUCUUCUAGUGCUUAUGUACCAAAGACAGAAGCAAAUCACUGUAAGUGGUCAGACGUUCUGAAAGAUUUGGAGCUGAUCAAGACAUCUGAAGACAUUGAUGUCAGUUUAUAUACUGCAAACACAUACGAGGAUAUAGAAUGCCAGGAACCUGUAAUGAGAUGUUUUUUUUUAGAGAUGAAAGUGAUUCUUCACGAAUGUGAUAUCAAAAAAUGUAGUAGGAAGCAUGAUGUACGGAACAUAUGGAAAAAUGGAAAUGCAAGAUUUGCAACUUACCAGUUGAAUUCCACAACAGCAAAAAAAUGCAAAGAAUGUGAAGAGUAUGAAGAAAAAAAUUUUACAGAAUUUAUACAGAGUUUUGUAAAGGUUAUACAGAGGGAAUGCAAAAAAUACAUUAACUAAAAUACGCAAGCUGGGAACAGUGACUUUUCAAGAAACAUACCUCAGAUAAAUUAGAUUGUCAAUAACAUUGAACUAAAAAGAACUUCACUUCUAGUCCUAUUUGCACAGAAUAAAAAAAUAAAGAAUAAUAAAAUCUC